AAUAUGGACUUAUUUGCUAAUCCAUUCCAGGCCAAUAAAUAAGAGGAGGGAGAAAGAUCGGGGCAGGCGGCUUUGGAGCAGAAGGCAGGGGAAGGUGUGAAAACAAUACAGUAACAAAUCAGGAUACAGAUCAAAGUAAUGCAAAGCUGGAGCAGUAGGGAAGGGUGGGGGGAUAUUACAGAGAAGAGUGGUAGAGCCUGGAAGAGCAGAGUGCCUGUGAGAGGGAGAAUGAAGCAGUGCUGCAGAGGUGACUUGUGCACAAUCUGCCUGAGCUGAGCUUGCUAUCUGCGCCUGCUGGGGACUGUUGGGCUCUUCCCUUCUGCAGCACCCAGAGACACAAGAGGAAGACAUUGCACCCAGACCUGAGGAUGCCUCUGACUGACAAAAGGAGCAGAGAGGAGAGUGGGGGCUGGAGGAGCAGCAGCAGUAGCAGCACAGCAUAAACACACUUCACUGCCAGACACAGCAAGGAUAUUUCAUUGACAGGACACCAUGCAGAAGUAGAGCAAAGGCUUACUGAUACACGCACAGAAACACACAGACGCUUGGAAUGUAUACAGUGGGUCCCACUCCAUAGCAUGGCUAGAUCCCUGCACACACCUUGCAUGUAAAUAUACAAUGCAUCCACUGCAAUCAACAUACAGUACAUGUACAGAACAUUAACACACUUGCACAGGGCACCCAGUGGGCUCCACAUAUGUGCACAUACAUAUCCUCACACUGUGAGGUCAUUGUAAGUAUAAACAAAUACCAGCACACAUUGGGUUGUGUGUAUGUAUCAAUACAUUCCAGCACACAGUGGGCAUAGAUCCAUGCUAGCACAGAAACCCAGCACUGAAUUACACUCACUUUGCUGGAUAAGUAGAACAAGCACCUUUGCCACUAAAUAUAACCACAAGAGGAGGUUCUGCAUCUGAAUUGCUACCUGCAAACCUGACACUUAAAUUAUAAAGAUACCUAUGUCUCAUCUUCUCUUACCCUGCAGAGACCACAGCUCACAGGGUUACAUGUAGCAGACCCACAAUUUUGCAUAAACACAGGCUGAACAAAGGAAGACCCUCCAAAUUACAGGUCGCCCCCCCUAUCAACUAUUUCCUUGUGCACCUUGAAACCCUGCCGGUUGUGUAGUACAGGAGGUGAAAUCCAUUGUCAUCAUGGGUGAAGCUCAGGACUCCUCCUUCCUACUUGUAAAAAUUUUGGAAGAUUUAGACUCUAAGCAAAACUCUGUUUCCUACCAAGACCUCUGUAAAUCCUUGUGCGCUCGGUAUGACUUACCGGAACUGGCCAAGUUGCGCAGCCUUCUGUACUACACAGCAUGCCAAGAUCCAAGCUUUCCAGCAAGCCUCUUUCGAGACAAGAUGCGAAAUGCAGCAGAAAAUCAGCAGUCCAAGAAAAUAAUUGCAGCUGCUGAUAUAGUUACUAUAUUUAAUCUGAUACAGAUGAAUGAAGGAGUCGCCAAAGACAAACUUCCUAUUCAACAGCAGUCGAAUCAAAAAGAAACUAUAGAGUCAGACACUGAUGGCUACAGUGGAACAGAUAUAGCCCCUCACAAGGAAACUCAGAAUACCAGUCGGAGUUAUUCCAUAACUAGAACCUCCAGCUGCCAUAAAGAAGAGAGAGAAGGGCGCCGCACAUUUCUUCCAGAACCAAAUUUCCUACUUGGUGUUAAAAAAGAUGCCAAUGUUAGAGCGGGAUCCUUGGACAGACUGCAGACCAUAGACUCUUACCCCAUGGUUACUCCCCAAUCGUGUGAAAUGCAAAGUACCUACUUCCCUAGUCAACCAUUGUCUGAGCCAGAAUCCCUUCCACCCACACCAAAUGAGGAACCAUUUAGGCUCUCAUCUACUAGUGGAAAGAGGAGAAAUAUUUUUAAAGACGAUUUCCAUAACAUGAGAAUUUCUCCUACCUUGAAAAAGAGUGAGGGUAAAAUAAGCCCUAAGACUGUGUUCUUUAAUCACAGUUUUGAAAUGCCGUACAGUUCCCACUAUCUGAACACUGUUUAUUCUUCCACAGAAGAUUUUCGUAGAGCAAAGCAUGAAAGUUUAGAUGACCUUCAGGCCUCCACUUACUUUGGACCAUCUUCUGGCCCUGGAUCACAAGACCUGAAAAAAAUUUCAAACAAACCAAAACAAGUUACAACCAAACCAGUUAAGAGCUGGAGCUUAAACAAUGAAGAGGUGCCAGACUUUGAGCGUUCCUUUUUUAACCGAAAAGAGACAAAUUUUUGUUACCCUAGCACUGCCUUGGUACAAAGCAGUAGCUUUGUAUCAGGUCCAGAACGACAUCAUUCUUUCAUACCUGAACUAGGAUUAAAGGCUAAUGGGAAAAAAUUUUGUGAACCUCCAGAUGUGGAAAAACAGGAGUCGAUGAGGAGAUUUAGAGAAAAGAAUACAAAACUUCCUGCUUGUCAGUUCAGCGUAGACAAAACAGAAAGUGUUGGAACCCAGACAGAACAGUCCGAGGUCAAAAAAGGAAAGGAGACUGUUCCUGCUAAUUGUGGUCGGUAUACAGAAGGACGGGCUCGUAACCAAUCUGAGGCAGAUUCUGAAAUCAUUAGUGAUGAUAUCAGUGAUAUAUUCCGUUUUCUAGAUGAUAUGAGUCUUUGUGGUUCUUCUGGAAUUCCUCAGUCUUCCUGUUACAAUAGCAGUGGCUCCUUGGUUCAAAUUCCCAGAUUAGAACCUGAGAGCUCUCCUGAACAUGGUCCUAACAGAGCCAGUAAACCAACUAAGGGCCCUCGGACAGAGACGGGGGAGGAAGAGGGGCUUAAGAGCAGUGUCAGAAAACUUGUUCGAAGGAUUGGGGAGAUUGAAAAGAAAUUGGAAUCACUUUCUGGUGUGCGUGAUGAAGUAUCUCAAGUGCUGGCCAAACUCAAUACACUGGAUGAGAGAAUACAGCCUCCACCAGACAAAAUAAAAGGGGAAUCUGAGAGUCUGUCUCACAACAGUGAUGUAAUAAAUAGCACAAGAGCCUCUCCCUGUUCAUUUCAUGAUCAAAAUACCCACAAUGCAAAUGGGGAGAGCAAACCUGAGUGCUGUUGCUCUGAUAUCAAUAAUACCAGCGAAAGCCUUCGAGUUAAAGCUCUGAAAAAGAAUCUCUAUAAUCAGAGAACAGUACGUUCCUUAAGCGAAGAAAUUUCUUCAAGCGAACCUAAGAUAGGCAGUGCUUCACAUGACUGCAGGUCUUGGGCAUUCCCUAAACAAACUAGCAUCUCCGAGGAGGACAAAAAGGACAAAGGAGCUCAGAACAGCAGAGACUGGCACCGCAAGUCAAAAGAGGUGGAUCGCCAGCAUGAAAUACCUCAUCUCCAUCGGAUGCCCAAGUCCCAUAAGGAGUCAUUUAUGGUGGAGCAGGUGUUCAGCCCACAUCCAUACCCAGCGUCGCUCAAGUCUCACAUGAAAAGUAACCCAAUCUAUACAGAUAUGCGCCUGACAGAAAUGACAGAGGUAAAGCGCACCCAGCCAUCAUGGACUAUAGAGGAAUACGCACACAACUCAGGAGAGAAAGGAAGAUUGACAGCACUUGAUCUGCAGGGGCAAGAGUCUCUGAAUCCCAAUAAUCUCGAGUUCUGGAUGGAAGAUAUCUACACCCCAGGAUAUGACUCUCUCAUAAAGAGGAAGGAGGCAGAGUUCCGACGAGCUAAAGUCUGUAAGAUGGCUGCUCUUAUCACUGCGGCCGCCUGUACUGUCAUCUUGGUGAUUGUGGUUCCCAUCUGCACCAUGAAGUCCUAAUUUUCUGCUAUCAAUUUAUCUGUGUUUCUGUCCAUGGUGCCAGGGACACGUGAAAAUAAAAGCCAUUAUAAAACUAUGAAAAAAGUAAUUAUUCUAAUGCAAUUCUUUAGCACCUGUGCAAGACAUACUGUGAACAUAUUGACAGCAUUUGGUAAUGUAUAAAACGCUGCUUAAGUUUAGAGACCACACGUUGAACUUCUUAUCUGGUCAACAGCUUUGAUUGUUCUGCAAAGAAAAUGGUGAUGUCUGCUUUUGGUUUCCCGGGUUCCUCCAUAUUGCAGCUAAAGGAGAGGAGUUCAAUCACUACUGGGAACCUCUUCUUCCAUCUGCUUUACUCAUAAAUGGACUUAUUUAGUUAGAGAAAAUAAUUUUGUUCUACUGAGCAUUUUAAGGAUUGUCACUGGAAUGUAUGCAAUGGGAUUAAAUUAAAGCUAACACACAUAUAAGCAUUUUCAUGUUAUACUAUGAAUUAAACUGUUAUGGGUAGGACCAAAAACAAGACGCAACAAGUGAUAUUCAGCCAAAGAGAUGAUGCUACAUCUUUCACUAAGCAAUACUACUGUAUAUAACAAGGAUAGGCAACCUUCAGGGAACAGAUCUGGCAAGAGAAUGCAGGGGGCUUUGAAGAUUUACAAUAACUAAAGGGCUGAAAGUUUCCUAUCCUUGCAAUAUCAUCUCAUAUUCCGUGCCUUUUCUUUUUUGCAAUACUUUUAAAUAGUUCUUACUUUUCAUUACAUUUAUGAUGUUUUGCCAGAAUAAAGGAGUUUCUGGAGCUCUAGAUGAGAUAACAUCCUAGUGCUCCCGAUAACCUUUAAAUAUAUUUAGUUUUUAUUAAUAUAAAUACAGACUAUUCAUUUAUCAUGCUAAAAAAAGUUUUAAUGAGAAUGAAGCAUAGAUUUUAUUUUUUACUAAUUAUAUAAAAAGUGGUUCUGCUGUCAUCAAUAUGUCUACCUGGAUUGUCCCUUUACAGACAUAUUGUACAUUGUCAAGCUCAUAUACCUCACUUUGCACUGGAGAGGCUCUAAUUAGAAAAUGUGUAUUGUACAGUGGUGGUAGGGACACUAUUAUCAGAACAACCCGUGUACCUGAAUGAACAGUAAUUAAUCUGGGUAGAGUGAUGCAUUAAUGAUUUACUGCAAUUAUAAAACAGCUACUUCUUCUUGCAUAAGGAAAUAUUUUCUGCUGCUCACCUACAUCCUUUUGGUAAAGGAAUCCCAUAUCUUUGACAUGAGAAGAGUAAUGCAGAAUCAAUCAAAUAUCCAAUAUAGCAAUUAUUUGUGGGCUGAUAUCAUA